UUGACAUUUUUUAUUUAUAGAAUCCAUGAAGGAUUUUUUUUUUUUGAAGUAUGAUUCUUCUGUCAUAGUUAUAUGUUCUCCUACUUGCUUCUUAUUGUUGACCAUAUAAACGAAACAAAUAUAUUAUACAUGUGUCAUGGACGCCUCAACAUCAGCAUCUCCUUCCUCUCCUGUUGACAUUACUAGUUUAGAAAAUGGGCACAAGUGUGGUGCUCAAGCUUUUUAUGAUUUUCCAUAUGAUAAUGAUAUAGUUGCAAUAGAUGGAGAAGGAGAUCCUAUACUUAUAGAUGCAGAGGCAGCCCUAGCAAGAGGUGCACGUAUCGAACUGGCAAUGGGGAUGGCAUUUACUGACGAAGAUGAAGCUUAUGAUUAUUAUAAUAAGUACGUAAAAUUUGUACGGUUUGUUAUAAGAAAGGGAACGACCAUACGGAAACAUGGUGAAAAAAUUGGUCAGAUUAUAGAAUGUUGUAGGCAAGGUUUUCAUAGUGAGAUGUAUGGUGGGAGUGAAAGUGCUAAGCCCCACACAAAAUGUGGAUGUUAGGCAAAGAUCCGCAUUGAUCCGCAUUAAGAUGAAUGAGAAGUAGAGAUGUGUUAUUGCGAAGUUUAUAAAAGAACAUAAUCAUAUUCUCACAACGCCCAACAAGACUUGAUUCAUUCGCUCUCAUUGAAAGAUACCAAACACAUUGAAAAAGGUGAUUGACACAUUGGAGUCGUCUAUGGCUAAGUCUAGGUUACAAUGGAUUACCUUAUUGAAGAGGCUGGUGGGGCAGAAAAUGUCCCUUUCAUUGAGAAAGACAUUGAGAAUCACCUAACUAAAAAGAGAAAACCACUGAAGGAAUAGAGGGUAAUGUUGUAAUGAACUAGUUGCAUACGAAGAAAGAAUUGGACCCUAACUUCUUUUAUAGAGUUCAACUUGAUGAGAUGGGGAGGUUAUUUGGUGUUUUAUAGGUUGUUUCAAAGUGUAUAUUGUUAUACCAAUUUUUUAAUGACGAGGUAACCUUUAACACCACAUACUAAACAAAUGAAUACAGUGUGCCCUUUGGCCCAAUCCUUGGAGUUAAUCAUCACGCUAACACAAUUUUCCUCGUAUGUGCUCUCAUCUUCAAUAAGACUAUAGAAACCUUCAUUUGGUUAUUUGAGAAUUGGCUAGACGCAAUGGGAGGCCGUCAACCAGAUACAAUUAUCACUGAUCAGGCUUUAGCUAUAACAGCUGCAGUUAAGAUAGUUUUCCCAAAUACUAAUCAUCACUAUUGCAAGUGGCACAUCAUAGGAAAGUUUAAAACACAUCUUAGCCAUGUUAAGCGUACGCACCUAUUAUUCUUAGAGGUAUUAAAAAAGUGUAUUGCAGCUUACACAGUUGAGCAGUUUGAGGCUGAUUGGUUGGCUAUGAUUCAAAAAUAUGAUCUUCAAGAGGAAAGCUGGCUCAAGUGGUUUUAUGGUUGUCGCACUCAAUGGGUUGAUGGAUACAUAGCUGAUAGGUUCACAACUGGCAUGAAAACCACACAACAAAGUGAAGGGUUCAAUUGUCAUUUAAAGAUGUAUUUAACUUUUGGUACAAGUUUGCAAAAAUUCAUGAAUGCUAUUGAAAAGUUGCAAAAUAAGAACUUCAUCAAAGAACAAGAGAAAGACAAUAAAGAUCUUACAUUCACACCUGUUCUAAAGACAACCUUCCUUAUCGAGGAACAUGCAGCAAAAAUAUACACUCAGAAAGUAUUUAGAAAAUUCUAAAAAGAGGUGGUAAGGUCCUCAAAUUGCCUUAGCAAAUUAAUAGAAGGCAAUGAUGAAUUUGCCAAACAUAAGGUGAAAGACAUUUGCGGUGUGCCAAUCCCUAGGAUGGUUACAUUCAUUGAAUCAGGGAAGAAGUGUAUAUGCACAUGUCAAUUUUCUGAGCGUGUUGAAAUCCCUUGUUCACAUAUGCCCAAAGUGUUCAACAUGAGGAAUGUAUUGAAGAUCCCAUCUAAUUACAUUUUGAGCCGGUGGACAAUGGAUGCAAAGAAGGGUAUCAAAGACAAAUGUGGUGCUAGUAGUUUGACUAUAUCUAAAUUUUCGAGUUUCAUUCGACAUCAUGAGCUUUAUGACCUUGUGAGAACAAUUGUAGAGCUAGUAUUAAAAAAUGAUGAUCUAUUUGAAAAAGUGAAGUUGGGUUUCUCCAAGUUAGUUAAGGAGGUCAAUACAACAAGAGAGUCUUUGUCAAAUACUCAUGUACCAUUAGCCUCCACUCAUUGCAGUGCCGCAGAAGAUGAAGUAUGUGGCAGUAUUAGAUCAAUUGAUGCCUCCCCCUUUCUACUUGAUCCACCAUGUGCACGAGCAGUUGGACAACCAAGGACUAAAAGGAUUAAACCUUCAUGGAAGGAAGGGCCAAAAGCUUCUACACAAAAAAACAGUCAGAGGAAACGCCACCCGUUGGAAGGAAUUGUAAAGUUUACAGUAAGAGUGGACAUGACAGACGUAACUGUCAGAGCUACUAAGGACCUCAAACCGAGUUGAGGCCAUGACAAAUGAAAGGGCUGCAAUUGCACGGAGGACAUGACAAAUUGCGAGACUGCAUUCGCAUUGAGGAUAUGGCAACUUACAGGGAUUCAUUUGCAUAUUUAAAGACAUGUAAAAACCCAUUUUUGGCCGUUGACUUUGGGGGUUAUAUGAAUAUUCAAUGAAUUUUGUGGGCAUGUAAAAGACUUAUUUAUGAGGCAUGUAAAGGACUUUACUAAUUUUUUGAAUUUUGGAGACAUGUAAAUACCCCUUUUUGUAGUUGACUUUGGGGAUUAUGUGAAUAUUCAAUAUUCAUAUAAUUUUGCAGGCAUAUAAAGGACCUCUUUAUGAGCAAAUGUAAAAGUCCUCUUUAUGGGACAUAUAAAGAACCCCAUUUGAUGACUUUUUGGUAA